UUGUUCCUAUCGCAGCCCUCUAGAGCCCUUUGUUCUCUCUCUUUGUCCUACUAGAGUCUUCUCUGUAACCUCCAUCGCCCCCAAAUCAAAACACAACGCCGAGACAUGGCAGAGAUCGAACCAAAGCGCGAACCCUCAGCAAUGGCGAGCGGAGACCAAGAACCCAAGAAACCCAACCCUUUUUUCUCUCUCUUCCAGAAACCUCCCUUCUCGGACUUCUUUCCAUUCAAGCGAGAGGCGACAGAGAAGAAGUCAGAGGCUUCCGUUUCGGAGAAACCAGCGACAACUGUGGUUGAGAAAGCGGAAGAGAGUAAGCGGGUCGCCGUGAAGUUUCCCGAUACCCGGCCGGAGAUUCCUCCUUUGAAACUCGAAGCUGAGGAGGGUGAACAGAACACCAACCCCGUGGUUCUGUGGCAGGUAUACGCUGUUGGAGGGUUCUUUAUUUUGAAGUGGCUAUGGGCGAGAUGGAACGAGAGGAGGAUAAACAAGAGGUCAUCUGAUGAAGAACCAUCUCCGGACGACGACAAUUAGCUUUCACUGCCUCGGAGAUUCCUUCUUGUGUUGGAUAUGAGAGAGUUCUGGUAGUUGUGCAAUGUAUAAAUUUGAAUUUUCAGUUGGUGGAUUACAGACCAUAUAUAUUUUCUUUUUCUUGAUUAACAGUAAGUUUCAACAAGCACAGCUUUCUCUUUUGCCAA